AUGCCUUCCAACUGGCAGAGGUGGAAAAGGUCAAUGCCGCAGCUUCGUCAAGCCAAUUCGAUGCAAGCGCGGGCGAAGGCGGCGACGCAAGCGUUGCAGCAGCACGCCCCGAUCGGCAUCGCCACCGCCGCACGGCGCCGCAACAGGGAUGUGCCAUGGGCAAUGCGAAUGCCACGCAGCACGGCAGGCCCAGCAUCGAGGCCGGCUGACCUUCUGGCCGCUCGUAAAAUCAUUUGA